AUGACCAAUCCAAAACCAACAAUCCUCCCUUCAGCCUACACGCAAACAACACCGCCAGAAACAUUUUCAACCCCAAAUCACGGCGAUGUAUCCUGGCACACCUUAAUUUCAUCCCCGCAAACCGAGUCCACAGACCUCUGCGCAGGAAUAGCAACAUGCCCGCCAGCGUCAGGCCAUUUGUGCGCGCACCGCCACACACAAACUGAGAUAUAUCAUAUCCUCGAGGGUGAGGGCGAUGUGACCAUCGACGGGGUUUCGAGUAGAGUGCGAGCUGGGGGUACGGUGUUCAUUCCUUCAGAUGCUGAGCAUGGGAUUGUUAAUACCGGGACUGUGGACUUGAGGUGGUUUUACGUUUUUCCUACGGGGAGUUUUGGGGAUGUCGUUUAUCGGUUUACGGGGGAUGAGGGGGAAGGGAAGGGGAUGAAGAAGGCGAAGCUGUGA